GAUUGGCAAUCGUUUCAUGAAAUGAUUUUGUUGCUGGAGUGGACUUCUAACGACUAUCCUACCGAUCCUUUUUGUAAACUUGUCCUUUGCCGAGCAUACGCUCAUAUAGGCUGCAUGUACCGAAUGGUUGCGCUUACUCGAGCGCUAGAUAUAAAAUCAGUUCAGAGGGACACUCUUGGUUACAUUAUGUUUCCUAUGCCAGAACUUUGUGGCAGGUUGGACUAUCUCACAACAUUCAUAAUUUCGUUAAGAUUUAAUGUUGGUAUAGUUCACUACACAGAAAUGGUGGAAGUGUAUGAGCAGGCAGAGAAAGAGAUUAGCGAAGCAUUGAUAGGAGCUUAUCGUAACGGUGCGUUUAUGCAAGUUCCCAAUCUAGUGGCCCUAGCGGAUAAGAUGAAAAAAUCUGCGAUGUCUGUCGGUGCCAAUGAACUUCAUCGAUACUUGUCCGCAUUGUUUGCAAUUGACAACCUUGAUGAAGCACUCAACACUCUGCACGGUAGUGACGAUACUAUUGAAUGGGAUUCGUUAACAGAUAACCGUGACCUCGGCGUCAUUCCAUCUUUUGAACGAAAUGUGAAAGAGGACCUGGAAAGUCUUCGAAAGAUCACUCAACAAGAAUUUGUAGACAUGACUCGACUCAGACAUUACCUUUCGCAAGCGGUUGGCUCGGCUGGAGGAGCGAAAGGCGCUGGUCCUCAAGAAUUGGGUGCUGAUGUUACUCUCUUACGAGUACAUCUUGAGCAUUGUCGCCAAACUUACUCUCCGGAUGCUUUGCAGGUGAGGCUGUGUCUUGAUUCUAAGAAGACUUAUAAUGUGCAUACUGCACAUGGCAUUCCCUGCAACCAUUGCCUCUAG